UUAUUAUCAAACCCAAUUGUUGCUCUGCUUGCUGAUGCUGAGAACCGACAGGUGAAGGAGAACGCUGUGAGAGUUUGGUUAACCAAGCUGAAAGACGUGUCUUAUGACAUUGACGAUGUGUUGGAUGAGUGGAACACCAAGCUUCAGAAAUUGAAGAUAAAGAAAGCUGAAGAUGCUUCUAAUCCCCUGAAAAAGGUACGUUCCUUCAUUCUUCACUAUCUUGGUUGUAGGCCAUUGGUUAUGCGUUAUGACAUUGGCAUCAGGAUAAAAGAUCUUGACAAAAAACUUGAUAUUAUUGCUGUGGAGAGAGAGAGAUUCCACUUUAGACCAAUCAUCGAGGGUAGUAAAGAAGUAGAACGACAAAUCGCUACCUCUGCUAUUGAUUUAACAGAGGUUCGUGGAAGAGAGAAAGAUAAGAAUUCACUAGUCGAUUUGCUCUUGAGUCAAAGUAGUCAACAACAAGUCCUCCCCAUAAUCUCGAUAGUAGGGAUGGGAGGAAUUGGCAAGACAACUCUUGCUCGAUUAGCUUUUAAUGAUGAUAAGGUGAACACCCAUUUUGAUAAAAAAAUAUGGGUGUGUGUUUCUGAGCCUUUCGAUGAGCUUAAGAUUGCAAAAGCAAUCAUUGAAUCUCUCACAAGUAGUCCAUCUCAAUUAGUUGGAUUAGAAACUGUAAUGCAAAAUAUAAGUCAACAAAUUGAAGGAAAGAAGUUUCUUCUUGUCUUAGAUGAUGUAUGGACUGAAAAUUUUGAAAAAUGGGAAAAUUUAAAACGUACUCUCAAGUGUGGAUCUCUAGAAAGUAGAAUUUUAGUGACCACACGUAAGGAGAGUGUUGCAAAUGCCAUAGGAACAACCAACACAAUCUUACUAGGAAUUCUACCAGAGGAGGAAUGUUGGUCCUUGUUUUGUCAACUUGCAUUUUUGGGAAAACCUAAUGAAGAGUUUGAAGAAAUUGGUAAAAAAAUUAUUAAAAAGUGUAAAGGCUUGCCUCUUGCUGUAAAGGCUUUAAGUAGUCUUUUGCGUUUUAAAAGAGAAUUUGAAGAAUGGGAAAAUGUCUUAGAGAGUGAAAUUUGGGAAUUAGAAGAGGUAGAACAAGAGGUUUUUCAACCUCUACUAUUAAGUUACUAUGACUUACCCCCUACUUUGAAAAAAUGUUUCGCAUAUUGUGUUAUGUUUCCAAAGGAUUAUGAGAUAGAGAAAGAACAAUUGAUUAAGUUAUGGAUGGCACAAGGUUAUUUAAAGUCAAAAAACUCAAAAAAGGAUAUGGAGUUAGUUGGUGAAGAGUAUUUCAAAUCUUUGGCAAUGCGUUCUUUCUUUCAAGAUUUUGAAAAAAGGGAACAUGAAUUUGAUAUACUUUCUUGUAAAGUGCAUGAUAUAGUGCAUGAUUUUGCUCAAUUUCUUACCCAAAAUGAAUGUUAUACAAUAGAGGUUGGUAGUAGAGAAGAAAUUGAAUUAGAAUCUUCUUAUGAUAAAGUUAGACAUUCAAUGAUAAAGAUUCAAGGAGGGGCUUCAUUUCCUAGCUCUAUUUAUACUAGAAAUACUUUUCUACGUAGUCUUGUGGUUGAUUGUAAUUAUGGUACUGACCCCAAGAUAGUUUUGUCCAAAUUAGUUGAUCAAUUUACAUGUCUAAGGUCAUUAUCUUUGAAUAAGUGCUCAAUUGAAGAAGUUCCUGUAGAAAUAAAAAAAUUAAUACACUUGAGAUACCUUGAUUUAUCUUGGAAUAGAAACAUAAAAGAAUUACCUGAGACAUUAUGUGGGUUAUAUAAUUUACAAACCUUAGACAUAAUUGGAUGUGAAAAUAUCAGAAAACUGCCUCAAGGGAUUGGAAACUUAAUCAACUUGAGACAUUUGUUAAAUAGGGGGACUGAUAGUAUAAGUUACAUGCCAAAAAGUUUGGAGAGAUUAACUAGUCUUCGAACAUUAGAAAUAUUUGUUAUAAGUGAGGGCAAUUAUGGUAGUGAAGAAUGUUGUGUUGAAUGUCUAAAAAACUUCAAACAUCUUCGAAAAUUUGGAAUAAAAGGGUUGGGAAAUUUGAGAGACGUGGAUGAGGUUAAGGGAAUAGAAUUAAACAAUAAGAAAAACUUGCGUUUUUCGAGGGUAAACUUUACAGGAAGGAUGAAUGACGAGCAAAAUCAACAACUUCUUGAUGAGUUGCAACCACAUCCAAAUUUAGAGACAUUAGCGCUAGUAAAUUAUAGUGGCAAAACUAUUUUCCCUAAUUGGAUGAUGUCAUUGACUAAAUUGAGAAGGUUAUAUCUUAGGGAUUGUGUAAACUGUGAGCAUUUGCCUCCUUUGGGUAAGUUAUCAUCUCUUGAAAUUCUUUUGAUAACUAGAAUGAAGAGCGUGAAAAGAGUGGGUAAUGAGUUUUUGGGAAUAGAAAUUUAA